CUUCCGAUGGUUGCAGCCGCAACAUGGUACCUAACGAAUUAGCUACUUUGCCAAAUCUAACGUUCCUUCGAGUUAAAGGCAUUGAUUUUUCUGGCAACUUCAAGAAUGUUGUUUCGAAGCUAUGUUGGCUUUCUUGGGAAGUGACACAUAAUGAAUUUUAUGCGGAGAAUUUUCAUUUUGCUGGCUUAGUCGUGCUAGACCUUUCAAGGAGCAAUAUCAAAGAUGACUGGGGUGGAUGGAGCCAAUUCCAGAUGACUAAGAAACUGAAAGUUUUGGAUCUAUCGUGUUGCGCAUGUUUGACGAGGACGCCUGACUUCUCUAACUUCUUGUCUUUGGAGAUCUUAAGACUUGAUUGGUGUAUCAGGUUGACCACAAUCUCCAUCGGUAAGCUUGAACACCUGAAAACUUUGAGUACAAAGGGGUGUAGAAAUCUUGGGGCGUUGCCCCCAGAAGUUGCUUCUCUACCUUCUUUGACGCAGAUUGCAAGGUACGCUCCAUACUUGGAAAGGGUGCAGAUGGACGCAAGUUUGAUAGGUUUGAAAGAAGUAUAAGACCAAUCAAUAAAACAUUUUCCAUUGAUUCAUGUUCCCAAGCGAACUAAACACCAGAGUAUGAGGAAAAUGUUAUCUUCAGAAAUUGUUUUCCAAUAAAUAAACGCACCUUAAGGGACGUCUCCAGAAGCUGCAUUUGGAAGAGGAAAUAGAAUG